AUGGGGCAAGACAGCGGAAUCAUGUUGACCGAAAGGUCUAAGCAUGAGGAUGUCUCUCCCCAGAAGGAGGGCACAGCACAGGACAAGGAAGAUAUGUGGCGUGUUGGUCGUGAUCAAGAGCUGAACAGAAACUUCCGGUUUCUGUCUGUUCUUGGCUUUACUGCAGUGCUGAUGUGCACUUGGGAAGCUGUUCUCUUUGGCUCAUCCUAUGGUUUGCUGAAUGGCGGCAAAGGAGGCAUGAUCUACACCUACCUAGGUGCCCUGGUAGGGUUCAGCUUUGUGAUAUUAUCUAUGGCCGAGAUGGCUUCUAUGGCCCCCACAUCCGGUGGUCAGUAUCAUUGGGUGUCCGAGUUUGCGCCCCCAGGAUCUCAGGCCAUAUUGAGCUACAUCACUGGCUGGAUCUGCGUACUCGGCUGGCAUACUGGUAUUGCAGGAUGUUGCUACACUGUCGCUAAUAUGAUGGUGGGUGUGGUUGCCAUCAAUUAUCCUGAGACGUAUGUCUAUGAGCCAUGGCAUGUUACGCUGCUUGUCAUUGCGGUGGCCCUGGUAGCUUUGUUAUUCAAUACCUUCCUAGCCCAGAGGCUUCCUUUGAUUGAAGGUAUCAUCCUGAUUGUGCAUUGCUUUGGCUUCUUUGGUAUCUUGAUCCCUCUUUGGGUGCUGUCACCCAAGGUUCCUGCCUCCGACGUUUUCGGUUCCAUUGAAGAUCGAGGUGGAUGGGGCAACAAUGGUCUCGCGUGUCUGGUGGGACUGACUGGGCCUAUCUAUGCAUUAAUCGGUCCUGACUCAGCGGUUCAUAUGUCCGAGGAAAUUCGGGAUGCAUCCCGAGUACUCCCUAUGGGCAUGGUUUGGACUUUGAUUCUGAAUGGCUCUACUGGCUUCGUCAUGAUAGUCACGCUCGCAUUUUGCGUGGGCAAUAUUGAUGAGGUUCUCGCAUCUGAGACAGGCUUCCCGUUCAUCCAGGUCUUCCUUAAUGCUACCGGAUCAGUUAGUGCCGCGACAGGCAUGACUGUCGUGAUCAUGGUUAUGCAGUUCUGCGCGGCAAUUAGCAAUGUCGCUACGACCUCACGCCAGAUUUACUCCUUUGCUAGAGACAAGGGUCUUCCCUUUUCUGACUUCUUUGCACAGGUCAAUCCAACUUUCACUGUGCCACUCAACGCUCUCUGCGUCAGUCUCGUUAUUGUCUGUCUUCUCUCAUUGAUUAACAUCGGAUCUUCCGUGGCUUUCAACGCCAUCAUGUCCCUCGGCACGGCCGCAUUGCUCUCUUCGUACCUCAUUUCAAUCACCUGUGUUCGUAUUCGACGCUGGCGUAAUCAGCCUCUGCCCCCAGCACGGUGGAGUAUGGGCAAAUUCACGCCUAUUUGCGACACCAUAUCUAUCUUGGUCUUGUUGAUUAUAUGGCUCUUCAGUUUCUUCCCCUUGACCAAAGAGGUAGAUGCCAAGACCAUGAACUGGGGUGUUGCUAUAUUUGGCGGAGUCGUCAUUGUUUCUCUGGGGUACUAUAUGCUUCACGCCCGGAAGGUCUACAAGGGCCCAGUCACACGGGUGAAGAUGACGCACCAACGAUGA